AUGCGUCUUUACGAAUCUGGGUCAGAUGGUGAUGCUGCUCACCACUCAGCCUACGACGAGAAGUCAAUCGCAGUGGUUGGACUUUCUUGCCGCUUUCCGGGAGAUGCAACUAAUUCAGAGCAAUUUUGGGAGCUACUAUGCGAAGGAAGAUCUGCAAUAUCACAUAUUCCACGGGACAGGUGGAAUAGCGAUGGCUUUUACUGUGCAAGUAAAGGCAGGCAAAACACCAGCAUCACCACCCAAGCGCAUUUCCUCAAAGAAGAUGUCUCGGUAUUUGAUGCCAAAUUUUUCUCCAUAACUCAGCAAGAGGCAACAAGUAUGGAUCCGCAACAGCGGCUAUUGCUGGAGGUUUCAUACGAGGCAUUUGAAAAUGCUGGUAUUCCUUUGGAAAAGCUAGCCAAGAGCAAAACUGGCUGCUUUAUAUCUGCUUUUACACACGAUUGGAGAGAAAUGCAGUUCCAAGAUCCUGACUUUGCACCGAUGUAUUCGGUAUCUGGUCUCGGAACAGAAGUUCUCGCUAAUAGAAUCUCGUGGUUCUACGACUUGAAAGGACCAAGCAUGACUAUUGAGACUGCUUGUUCGGGAAGUCUUGUCGGCCUCCACGUAGCAUGCCAGAGCCUACGCUCUGGUGAUUGCGAUACGGCCCUUGUUGGAGGAGCAAAUCUUUUUCUCAGCCCCAAUAUGUUUAAUGCUCUAUCCAAUCAAGGGUUUCUCUCUCCAGAUGGGUUAUGUAAAGCAUUUGAUGCUUCGGCUGACGGCUACGGCCGGGGCGAAGGAUUCGCAGCCCUGGUUCUCAAGCCGGUCGAAAAGGCCAUCAGAGAUGGUGAUACAAUUCGGGCUAUUAUUCGUGGCUCUGCAACCAACCAAGACGGCAAGACAAGAAGCAUGACAAUGCCAAACGGCGAAGCUCAGGAAGAGCUAAUUCGUGAAGCGUAUCGCUUCGCGGGACUGGACUUCAAAGAUACUUCCUAUUUCGAAGCACAUGGUACGGGGACAUCUGCUGGCGACUUCGCAGAGUUGAAUGCAAUAGCAAAUACUAUCACGCAUGAGAGAGACAAGCCCCUUUGGGUUGGUUCGGUGAAGACAAAUAUUGGGCAUCUUGAAUCGGUGGCUGGUUUAGCCGGUAUCAUCAAAUCGAUUCAGAUAUUGGAACAUGGUUUGAUACCACCUAGCCUGCAUUUCCACAAUCCCAAUCCUCGCAUCCCUUUCAAAGAGUGGAGGAUCUCUGUUCCUACAAAAGAAAUUCCUUGGCCGGAAGAAGGCAUCCGACGUAUCAGCGUCAACUCUUUUGGCUUUGGUGGAUCUAACGCACAUAUUAUCCUCGACGAUGCAUAUCACUACCUCACCGCAAGAGAAGCGCUUUCACUGUCUUCAUCUAGACCCCAAAUUCCCGAGGGGCAUAAAAUGCCAUACAUGAUGAUUUUGAGCUCGUCAGACCAGAAUGGUUUGAAUCGUCAACGACAAGCUCUUUUCAAAUACUUGAAGGAUCAUGCAAAGAUGAGAAACGAGUCAGGCCAAGCAUUCCUUCGCGACUUGGCUUUCAGUCUGAGUGAAAGACGGUCUCGUUUGCCCUGGAAGACAGUUUUUACGGCCUCGACUGUGCCUGAACUUACACAGGCACUAGAAGCUCCCACAUCACUCGAGGUUCGGUCCAAUAUUGAACCUCGGCUGGCAUUCGUAUUUACAGGCCAGGGCGCGCAGUGGGCCCGUAUGGGGAUAGAACUCUUGCAAUAUCGCAUUUUCCGCGAAAGUGUCGAGAGCGCAGAGCGAUAUCUUAGGAAAAUUGGCUGUCCAUGGUCCGUUAUGGAGGAGCUUCAACGAGAAGAUGCGGUGUCCAACAUUAACCAACCGCUUUAUAGCCAAACUAUAUGCACCGUCUUGCAAGUUGCUAUUAUUCAACUGCUUACAUCUUGGAACAUUGCUCCUCACUCAGUUGUAGGCCACUCAAGCGGAGAGAUUGCGGCCGCAUUUGCAAUCGGUGCCAUAUCACGAGAAGAUGCGUGGAAAGUGGCCUAUUGGAGAGGUAAACUCUCGUCAGAGUUGUUGAAGUCAUCUCCAGAUUUGACAGGCUCAAUGAUGGCUGUCGGAGCAUCAGCAGAACAAGCACAAAAGUGGCUCGAUGAGCUGACCGAGGGGAAAUGCGUUGUAGCCUGUAUCAAUUCUCCAUCGAGCGUCACUAUUUCGGGAGAUGAGGCAGGAAUUGACGAGUUGGCAGCGAGGCUCAAGGAGCGCGAAAUCUUUGCCAGAAAACUGAAAGUCGACACUGCCUACCACUCCCAUCACAUGCUGGCUGUCAAAGAUCCCUACACCAAAGCUCUGGCAAAUAUGGAAACAAGACAAGGGCCACCAGAUGGGCCACAAAUGUUUACAUCGGUGACGGGACACAUCAUCAGCGCGGGCGAACUUGGGCCAUCACAUUGGGUCACAAACUUGACAUCUCCUGUUUUAUUUUCAGAUGCGGUGCGAGAACUGCUACGGCCUAAAAGCCAUGAAGAUCAAAGCCAUGGCUGUUCUGUUGACAUUAUGGUCGAAAUUGGACCACAUUCGGCGCUUCAGGGACCUAUCCGUCAAAUAUUGAGCGGGUUUGGUGCUCACAACACAGAAUAUCGAUCAGUCAUGUCUAGAGGAAAAAACGCUGUCGAUACAAUCUUGACUGCUGUUUGUGAUUUAGUGUCUCACAAUGUACCUGCAGAUAUCCUCGCCAUCAAUACCUGCAGCGAUGAUUCUACAAUCUCUUUUAACAGUUCCCCAGCUCUGAUAGUGGAUCUUCCAUCAUACACUUGGAACAAGACAAAGUCGUAUUGGAAUGAAUCUCGACUUACACGGCAAAUCAAACAGAGGUCAUCGCCGCGGCUUAGUUUAAUAGGUGCUCCACUACCAUCUUUUGCCCAACUUGAGCAACAGUGGAGAGGAUUUGUACGGAUUGCAGAAGAGCCUUGGUUACGUGACCACAAAAUACAGGGCUCCAUUCGGUAUCCGACGGCAAGCUACAUUGCUAUGGCAUUAGAAGCGGCGAACCAGGUGGCAGAUCAAGGCCGCACCGUCAAUCGAUAUAAGCUCCGAGACAUCAACAUUCGUAAUAGCAUUACUAUAGACGAAGGUUCUCAGACGGAGUUCAUUACUCGGCUACGAGCCUCUACCCCCGACGCUGAGAGUUUGAGCGAAGGAUGGCUAGAGUUUAGCAUUACUUCAAGCGGGCCCGAUGACUCUCUACAGAUUCUUUGUUCAGGUCUUUUAGCUAUCGAAUAUGGCGAUUCAACAGAUGCUGCAGUGGACGCAGAAAGCACACAUGAAGAGCAGGCCAUGAGAGACCUUUAUCUCAUGGCGGAGGAAGAAUGCCAAGUUUCACAAGAUGUGGAGACAUUCUAUAAGGACUUUCAGUCUAUCGGCCUUGAAUAUGGUCCUUCGUUUCAAAGUCUGAAAGACAUCCGCUAUGAUACGCAUGGAAAAAGCUAUUGUACUAUUGAGAUAGUCGAUAAUGGCUCCAUCCCAGCGGUUCUGCCAGCAGCCAGACCUCACGUUAUCCACACCACUACCCUGCACGGCGCGAUUCAAGCUGCUGUCGCUUCCUUUAAGGGAGAUGACGGUAAUAUUAAAGGGUAUUUGGCCGAAAGUUUUGUUGAGGAAAUUGUGGUGGAAGCAGAUAUUCCUUUUAAAUCUGGGGUUCGCUUCAAAGGGUGUGCGAGACUAUUACAACAGAAUUCCUCAGAAGCCAUCUCCGAUAUCUUUAUGCUCGAUGAUAAGACUGGUCAGAGAGUGAUCAGCAUCAAGGGUUUACGCUUCGUUGUUGACGCUGUUAGUCGGACGCAGAGAAACGGUGACCCAAUGUCCCUUCGAGCGAGCCCGUUCACUUGCAAAAUGCAUUGGAUACCGGCAUUUGACUUAUUAUCGCCCGGUAAAAAGCAGGAAACGAUUGAUCAGAUUGAUAAACCGAAUGAUGAAGAAGUCGUGGCCACAAUGGCACAAAUCAAGCCGAAUCUUGCCAUAUUAGAGCUUGGCGCUGACUACACAUCCCCGUUUCUUGCUUCGGCUGGAGGCAUCCCAGAUACAGUGAACUAUACUUAUACGUGCCCCAACGUCAUUGGCCUUCAAGAGGUCAAGGAUUCAUCUCACGCAUUCCUAAUACCAAGUCAGCUCAAAGUCCUGGACAUCGAUCUCGAUAUCAGGAAGCAAGGAUUUGAACCUUCUUCUUACGACAUCAUCAUUGGAUGCAAUGUAUUCUCAAACGCCAAAAGCCUUCAAAGAACAAUGGCAAAUCUGAAGAGUCUGCUCAAAGAUGGUGGAAAGAUAUGUCUGGCCGAAUUAACAAAUCCGGGACCAACUGUACUGCCUGUUUUAGGCGGCAUAUACGAAUGGUGGAAGAAGCGUGACGACGGUUCAAGUCGGCCCUUAAAGCUUGACUCUAUCCAGAGUGUAUUCAAUGAUCACCAUUUUGGCAUUGACUUCAUCUCUUCCGACUUCGAUGCAUCACCACUGCAUCAGACCUCUGUGGUAUUUGCGUCAGCUACAAGACCCAGAGAUGAGGUCACGAUUCUACAGGCAGCAAACUGUUCAAAGGUAGCGCAAGAGCUUGCUUCUAAAGUGUCACAACUACUACAAAACGACGGCAUCUCAAGUCGAGUUUGCGCUUGGGGGUCAGACGACAUUGACUAUAAAGGCAAGAGAUUCAUCGCUCUUGUAGAAUUCGAGCUUCCCUUCUUGGAAAACUUGAUGCAGCGUGAUUUUGAAGUUUUACAGCGACUUGCGACCGAGACCGCAAGCUUACAAUGGGUUACUGCUCUUCCAGACCCCGAACGUUCUUCUUCGCUCGGGUUCGCUCGUGUUGUUCGCAACGAAAUCCCCGCAAUACGGUUUCAGACUCUCCAGCUGGACACUGGUUGUGUCACAAUGCUGGAUCGAGCCGCAGCGUUAAUUUAUCAAGUCGAGAGUUCAACAACGACAGAAAAUGAGUUCAGAGAGGUUGACGGAGUCCUGCGUGUCCCACGGGUUAUUGAAAAUCGAGAAUUAAAUGAACGACUGUCACAAAAGAGUCCAGAUCUGAGUACUGUUGAAUUAAUACCGCUUGGCUCUACGACUGGUUCACAGAAGCUUUUUAUCCGCAAUGAUGGAGUCUCGGAACCUCCAUAUUUUGAAGUUGAUGAGUUACGAAACAAUGAUCUGGACAAAGAUGAGAUCGAAAUAGGUAUAAAAGCAAGUGCACUGAGUCGCCGAGAUGUUAUACAUCAAAUAGGCCCAGCGUCCGAUGCGGCACUGGAUCUAGAAGCCAGCGGAAUCGUUCUACGCGUGGGUGAACAGGUUACUCAGUUUCAGGCAGGCGAUUUCGUCUUUGCUAUAGUUCCCGGAACGCAUAGGACUGUCCUCCGGGCCAAUGCCAGCAUGUGCCAGCGGAUACCCACAGGUAUCAACUUUGAAGAUGCUGCUUGCUUAUCCCUAGCAAAUUGCACUGCCUAUCACGCUCUCGUGAAUAUUGCGUGUAUCCGAGAAGGGCAAUCUAUCCUUAUCCAUGAUGCGGCAAGCAAUGUUGGGCAAGCCGCGGUGCAGUUGGCCAAGCAUAAAGGCCUAGACGUCUUUGCAACUACCAGGUCUGCUAGUGAAAGAGAGGUGCUCAAGGAUGUUUACAGCAUUGCCAACGAUUGCAUCUUUUCCUUACGCGACUCAAAGUUCUCAAAUGGCAUACUCCGUAUGACCAACGGCACUGGCGUUGAUUACGUUCUCAAUUCCAGUGUGGGAGACCAAUUACAAGAGACAUGGAACUGCUUGGCAUCUUGUGGAACAUUUUUGGAAAUCUCGACCAAGAAUACUUCAAGAAGCACUCUUCGAGAGAUGCGACCACCGCUCAAGGAUUACAUAUUUGCUUCCGUUAAUAUGGGGCACAUACAAAGUCAACGCCCAGAGAUCAUGGCAGGCAUCUUGCGAAACACUUUCGAGCUUAUGGAACAAGGCAUAGUUAAGCCCACCGUCCCUGUAACCGUAUAUCCGGUAUCUCAAAUAGAGAGGGCGAUGCACUUUAUGAAAUCCACGGAGAACGAGAACUUAGAAAGCAUUGCUCUCUCUUUCUCUGCGGAUGACUUGAUUCCUGUGUUAUGCAAACCGAAAAAUACUUCCUUGAAGCUAUCUGGAGACUCAACCUACUUGAUCGUUGGAGGUCUCGGUGACCUCGGACGAAGUCUUGCGCGCUUCCUGGUCGAAUCUGGCGCACGACAUAUAUGCUUCAUUUCUCGCAGUGGAGCGGUCCAAGACGUACAGAAGCAGCUUGUCACCGAUCUCGCAAGCAGCGGAGUUGGUGUACAAGUUUACAAAUGUGAUAUUGCCAGCUUUUCGGCUUUGAAAGACACGCUCGCUCUCUGUUCUCAAGAGAUGCCACCUAUCUCGGGCGUUAUUCACUCUGCACUCGUACUCCGCGACGCCAUCCUUCAUAACAUGACUUACACACAGUGGGUUGAGGCCGUGGGCCCCAAGCUUCAAGGCAGUCGGAAUUUAAACGAGCUACUGCCUCGCAAUCUUGACUUCUUCGUUGCCCUUGGGUCUUUUAUAAGCGUCAUUGGUGGUCGUAGUCAAAGCAAUUACGCUUUUGGCGGCGCAUACCAAGAUGGUCUGGCUGACUUCCGUCGCUCUCUUGGCCUGCGAGCUGUUACUAUCAAUCUCGGGGUUGUGAAGGACAUUGGGAUCAUUGCGAGAAAUGGGGCAGUUGGCGCCGCUCGAGACUGGGCAGAGGCAUUCGGCCUCGAUGAGUAUGAGUUACACACUCUCGUUGAGCAUGCUAUCAGUGGGCAGCAGCAAAUUGAGAGCAGCUAUUCCAUACCAGCCCAGAUCAUCACGGGUAUUCCAACCAUUGGCAUGGUGAAGGAAGCUGGAAUCCCACGCCCAUAUUAUUUUGACGAUCCUAAAUUUAGCAUACUGGCAUCAAUGGGCGCGAAGCAGACCCCUUUGAUUGCUAAGAACGAGGAUAUACUGCCAUCGUCGCUGUCCCUAGGGGAGCAGCUCAAAGGCGUCACAAGUAUAGCCGACGCUUCCAAGCUGGUACUGGAUGCUUUGGUUGCCGAGGUGGCUAAAUUGAUGCAGGUGGACACUGGAGAAAUUGAUACAAACAAAGCGCUCUACUCCCAUGGCGUAGAUUCGUUGAUCGCGGUUGAUAUGGCACACUGGAUCAAGAAAGAAAUCGGUGCCGACGUUGUUCUGUCGGACAUUACGGCUACGAUCCCUAUUACAAGUUUUGCGAAGGACAUUACGGCCAAGAAAUUCUUCAACUUUGAGUAUCUUCGCGUACUCGGCACGUCUCCCUUCCAAGGUGCCGAGGUGGGAGAGUGUUUGGAAGCGGCUCAUAAAAUCAGAAGUAAUGAUCCCGAGAGUUGGUAUCGAGCUUGGUCCGAAGCUGCUCUGAAAAGCGAGGAAAUAGCGGAAACCGCGUUGCGGACUGGAGAUCGUGAAGCUGCGCGAUGGGCUUUUCUGCGCUCAUCCAACUAUCGUCGAGCCAGCGAGUUCCUACUGCACCAUAAACCUGAAGAUACGCGCCUAUCAUCAACAAUUAGCCUAUCUAUUAGCAACUUUAGGAAGGCGUGUCAGCUCUUUGACGAUCCGGUUCAUUUUCUCGAGAUACCCUACGAAAAUGGUGCUACGCUACCUGCCUACCUUUUCAUGCCAACAUCUUCAUCGAAACUCCCUCGGACACCCGUUGUUAUUAGCACCGGGGGAUUUGACUCGACACAAGAAGAGCUUUAUUAUUUUACAGCAUCUGGUGCGAGGACAAGAGGAUAUGCAACCCUUUCUUUCGAAGGACCAGGCCAGGGAAUUGUUGUUCGCCGCGACAAACUCCAUCUACGACCAGACUGGGAAUUCGUUGUUGGACAUGUUUUAGACCAUCUUGAACGGAUAGUCGGCGAACACCCGGAAUGGAAUCUAGACCUCUCACGGGUGGCCAUCGCAGGCGCAUCUAUGGGCGGCUAUUUUGCGUUACGCGGAGCACUCGAUCCGCGUAUAUCCGCCUGUAUCUCCAUUGAUGGAUUCUAUGACUUGUCUGUUUUAACGAGAGCUCGCGUAUCGGGGCCCCUGAUGACGGCCAUAGAAGAGCAGUACAUCCCGGAUAACAUAUUCAAUACGCUGCUCUGGAUAGUUCUUGCGCUCGACUUCCAGAAGCAGUGGGAGUUGGGCCACGCGAGAUUGGCGACGGGGAUUCCAUCGCCCGUAGCAGCAAUGCGCACCUGGAAGAACUACAGCAUGGCGCUGCCUGAUGGCGGGACGCGUUUGAGUCAGAUCAAGUGCCCUGUAUUGGUGACGGGAUCCCGCGAUACAAUGUAUAUCCCGGUAGAGGCAGGGCCACAGCGAAUCUACAAUGAGUUGACGAGCAUCAGCAGCAGCAAUGGAAAGAAACACGAGCUAUGGAUUCCCUCCAGCCCUGGCCAGGGCUCAUUACAGGCGAAAGUAGCAGCUCUGGCAGCGUUGCAUACAAAAACCUUUGGCUGGCUUGAUGAUGUAUUCGAGAUACAAAGGGAAUCGAUCACGGUCCAUGACUAA